UCGGUCCAGGGAGAAGAGGGUUGGAGGUUGAGGACGGCGGUAGAGAGCAGUCUGUGAGCGCUGGGCGAGUUGCAGAGGCUGGAGGGAGUCUUACUCAGACAGGAGGCAAGCUAGUCCUCAGGGGAGCGAAAAGGAGAGAGCCAGUCUGACCUCAGGUUGGGGAGAGGAGAACUCGUGUCCAGUCCGACCCGGGGGGGAGAGCCAGUGUCCAGUCUGACCCCAGGGGGGAGGGAGAGCCAGUGUCCAGUCUGACCCCGGGGUGGGGGGAGGAGAGCCAGUGUCCAGUCUGACCCCAGGGGGGAGGGAGAGCCAGUGUCCAGUCCGACCCCGGGGGGGGGGGGGAAGGAGAGCCAGUGGCCAGUCUGACCCCAAGGGGGAGGAUAGCCAGUGGCCAGUCUGACCCCAGGGGUCAGGGUCUAUAAGCCCGGAGUAGGGAGAGGGACCAGUCUCAGUUUAACCCAAGAGAGACAGACUAGUAGCCAGUGGUGGGAGAGGCUCCCUUUCAGGCAAGAGGAGUGGGUUCCGUUUGAGGAGAAGGGGACGGGGUCCGGUCUCAGCCGGGAACGAGAGUGCCUGUGAGCCGGGAGAGGAGGGCGAGGCACCGCCCACAGUCCCGUCCCGGGCCAGCUGCAGCGUGGGAUGGUGCAGCGGGCUGUCUCUGCGCGCUGACCGUCCAGCCCGAAGCGGGAGUGGCGGUGGUCCGGCAAGGCGAGGGUGGAGUGCGAGGAGAAGGGGGUGGGUUUUUUUUUAAAAAAAGUAAUUUUCCGUUUGGAGAGCCGUCCCGUUAAACUCGCUGCUUGGAGAAUGGGAGCCGGCACGUCGGUGCAGGAGCCGGCUCGUCCCGGUCCGCCCGACAGCCCGGGGGAGGAGGAGAAGAAGAGCCAGCAGGAGGCCGGCGACCAGCACCCGGCCGGAGGGGCAGGCGACAAGUCUGUUCAGAAAAAUGGCCAGAUUUCAGGAAUCCAGGGAGAUGCAGAGGAUCCAAAGGCACUGGAUAGCAAAUCAGAACAGCUAAAUGGGAUCCAGGAGGAGGUAGUUGCCAGAGAAGUCGGACAAGGUGAUCCGGCGGUUGUAUCCGGAGGGGAGGAGACGGAGGAAAUGGAGCUCAACGAGAAGGAGGUCCCUGUCGAGAAUGAAGGUGGGGAGCAGAAAGAUGCUCAGGAGGGGGAUGAGCUGCCCACAGAGACGGGAGAGCCGGCUGAGGAGGUGCAGGCUGCUGAGAUCGGCUUCAAGAAGGUCUUCAAGUUUGUGGGUCUGAAGUUCACCAUGAAGAAGGAGAAGCCGGUGAAGUCAGAGCCUGUGCAGUUGCUAACUGUGACGCGGGAAGAAGGCGGUGUGGCAGGGGAAGAAGGCGGUGUGGCAGGGGAAGUAGCCAGCGAAUCCAAGCAACAUAUGGAAGGAAGCAUAGAAGCCAAUGCAAGUCCCACUGACGAGGCUGAGGGGAGUCCGCCAGAAAUCCUCUCGCCGGAGAAAACUGAAAGUGUACUGGGAGGAAGGAAGAAACCAAAAUGCUGGACACGGAGGGAAGUCCCGGCAGCGGCAGAGUCUGGUGCCAAUGCGGCGGAGAGCCCAGCGGUGGAAUCUCCGCUGAAGAGGUUUUUCAGGCAGGGCUUUUUCUUGGGGCUGCGAAGGAAGCAGAGUUUCAAGAAGGCCAAGGACGAGCCGCUCGUCAUCGGGGAGAAGACGGAGACGAAUGGGGAGCGAGCCGGCGAUGCUGGGAGCGAGGUGACAGAGCGUGGACCCGAAGCGCAGCCUUCCACUUCCCAGGAAGCUGCUGAGGUCCUGACUGUUCAGUCGCCAGAAGAACACGGAGGAGAGGAGGAGGACUUCGAAGAUCUCACAGCAGAGCUGGCAGAUGUCAUGGUGGCAAGCGAGGCACCAACUGUAGCUGAAAGCAGGACCCCAGAAGUGAAGGAGAAUGGUGCCCCUGCAGAGCAGUCCCUGGUUGCCACUGAUUUGGGGAUGGGCCAGCAGAUCCCCAGCAGUGGAAAGUCGCCGGAGGGACAAGCAGGAGUGGAGUCUCCUGCCCCUGAAGCCUCGGCAGAGCUUCAAGCUGAACACGAGGAGGGAGCCCAGGAGCAACCUUCAGUCACUAAUUCGGAACCAGUCAGUGAUGAGGGCGAGUUCGUGGCUUCACAGAGGCCCAAGCAGCAAGACAGUCCGCUGAAGAAGCUUUUCACGAGCAGCAGCAUCAAAAAACUGUCGGCUAAGAAAGCCAAAGGCAAGAGAGAGGAAACCAGAGCGGGAGACGUCGAUGAUGAAGCAAAACUGCAGUCUUCGACAGAAUCUGAAGGCAGCCCCGACAGCAAUAAGCCGGAUAGCCCGCCGGCCUUCCCGGAGGAAGUGGGCGAGGGAAUUCUGGCGGAAGUGACGGAAUCGGGUCAUUGCCCGCGGGCAGAGCAGGAGGAGGCGAAUGGUGCUGGUGACGGGGAGAGGAAGAAGGAGCCCAUCACUGCCUGGGCCUCCUUCAAGAAGCUGGUGACGCCCAGGAAACGCCCCAAGGGGCCGCCGGAGAGCGAGAGGGACGAUGAGCCGACCGACAAGGCAAAGAGCGCGACUCUCUCCUCUGCUGAGAGCACGGCCUCCGAGAAGCAAGAGGAGCCCAAAUCCAACGGCGAGGAGGUGAAGCUGGAACGCAGCACAGAGGACCCGAAAAAGAAAGCGGACGCCCCUGUGACCUGGGAAGCGCUGAUCUGUGUAGGGUCCUCGAAAGAAGAGGAUGAGAAAGGUAUCGGACUCAGAACUUCAAAAGUCAAACGAAGAGGCCAAGGUUCAGAGGCAAAUGGUCAGGUGCAAGAGCAUGCUGAGGAGCAAGGGGGGACAUCUCCAGAAUGUGCCGAGAGUCCCGUGGAAGGAGAGGCUUCUGAUGGGGUCAUCUCCACUUGGGAAUCCUUCAAGAGGCUGGUGACCCCCAGGCGCAAGUCGAGGUCCAAGCUGGAAGAGCGCGGGGAAGAGUUUGUACCCAGCCCAGAAGCUGCUCUUCCCGAGGCUGAACCCGCUAAGGAAGAAUCCUGGGUGUCCCUCAAGAAACUGAUACCAGGCAGAAGGAAGAAGAGGUCGGAUAUUAAGCCCGAGCAACUUCAGGCUGAGUCUGCUGGAAAAGACGUGGCAUGGGCAGAGAUCACGGACAGCAAGAGCGAGGAGGAAUCAUCCGAAACACCAGCCGUGGUUCCGCUCUCUGAAUAUGAUGCUGUGGACAACGAGAGAGAACACGAACAGAGGCUAAAGGCGGGGACUGAUGCAGUUCAGGUGGCAGAUGGAGUUCUGGCCACGUCCGAAGCUCCUCAACCAGGCGGACUGGGCGUUGGGCAAACUAGCGCAGGGGAGCGUGGACCUUUGGAAGCCAUGAAAAGCAGCGUUGAUGAGCGAUCGCCAUCGUGGAUAUCGGCAGCAGUCUCGGAUGUGAUCGAGGAGGAAGUUGAGGAUAAAACAGGAUUAGCUGAAGAGACCUUGGCGGUACAGAAACAAGAGGUGCUUGUUGGUGAACCCACACCAGAAGAAGGGGUUCGUGACCUCUCCCCUGAUGAGGUGGCUGAAGAAGCGCAGGAGGUUGUCCCCAAAGUAGUAGCGACAUCAGACUACCCGGUGGAGGAGUCCUUCACUGAAGAGACGACAGAGAUGGUUUCGGCGGUCUCGCAGUUGACCGAAACACCAGUGACGACGGCAGAGGGAACACCCGUACGGGAAGACGAGGCCCUGGUGAGCAGGCAGACACGAGAGGUGCUGGAAGAGGUCCGCGCAGAAAGUGAAGCUGUCGGUCGAUCCGAUCGUGUCCUGCUGCCAGAUGGGGGCUCCGCCUGGCACACAAGGUGA